CAAGGAGGGGGGGGGGGACAACAACAAGGAAGCGGGGCGAACCAAUGGGCGGGGAGGGAGCGGCGGAGCCAGCCCCCCCUUUUCCCCUUUCCCAUUAGACUUCGCCAGAGCCCCGCGCCCGGGAGGAGGGAGAUGCCGCGCGGACUCCUCUGCGUUGCAGAUUUGCAACCAGCAUAAUGUUGGCACUCCAAAUUUGGAGCAAGUAUUGUACAGCAUGGCGCAGGCAGAAGGCAACCUUGACCAUGACCUACCACUGUUACUCCUUCCGCCUUACUGGGCAAAAACUGUUGUUGGACUCCUUUCUGUUGUCUGCUUUGUGAACAGCUAUGAUGGUGAUUUUGUCUUUGAUGACUCAGAAGCUAUCAUCAAUAAUAAGGACCUCAGGGCAGAAACUCCGAUUGGUGAUCUGUGGCAUCAUGACUUUUGGGGCAGCAAACUCAGUAGCAAUACCAGUCACAAAUCCUAUCGACCACUUACUGUGCUAACAUUCAGGAUUAAUUACCAUUUGGCCGGAGGCUUCCAUCCAUUGGGCUUUCAUAUCAUCAAUAUAAUACUCCAUUGUGUUAUCUCUGUCUUAAUUGUUGACGUCUUCUCAAUAUUAUUGGGUGGGCUCCAGUACACCAGUAAAGGAAGACGACUAAACUUUGUUCCCAAAUCAUCCCUGCUAGCUGCAUUGCUGUUUGCUGUACAUCCCGUGCACACUGAAUGUAUCGCAGGGAUUGUUGGCAGAGCAGACCUGUUAUGUGCCCUGUUCUUUUUGUUGUCUUUCCUUGUCUACUGCAAGUCAUUUAGAGAAAGUAAGGAAAGGUCCCAUUUUUCUACAGCCUGGGUCUUGUUGAGUGUUCUUCUCGGUGCUACAGCCAUGCUGUGCAAGGAACAAGGAAUUACAAUACUGGGUUUAAAUGCUCUUUUUGAUGCUGUAGUGAUUAACAAGCUCAAUAUUUUGGAAAUCCUUUUAAAGAUAUUGCGUAAGGAUAAGUCAUUGGAGAGCCUGGUGGUUUUUAAAAAAGGACUCCUUUUCAGGAUGACAUUCCUGUUAUCUGGCGGAGCCACUGCGCUGUAUGUGCGCUGGCGAAUUAUGGGAACAGGGCCCCCAGCAUUUACUGAAGUGGAUAACCCAGCUUCGUUUGCAGACAGUCCACUUGUAAGGGCUAUAAACUAUAAUUACUACUAUUCGUUGAAUGCAUGGUUGCUGCUGUGUCCCUGGUGGCUGUGUUUUGAUUGGUCAAUGGGCUGCGUGCCCCUUAUUAAAUCAGUCAGUGACUGGAGAAUAAUUGCACUAGGAGUUCUUUGGUUCUGCCUAAUUGCUCUGAUGUGCCAAGCCUUGUGCUCCGAAGACAGCCAGAAGAGAAGGAUUCUCACAUUGGGACUGGGAUUUCUCAUUAUUCCUUUUCUUCCGGCGAGCAACCUGUUCUUUCGAGUUGGAUUUGUUGUUGCAGAAAGAGUGACCUACUUGCCCAGUAUUGGCUAUUGCAUGUUGAUAACGUAUGGAUUCAGUCUGUUGAACAAACAAGUUAAGAACAAGAAAUUACUUGUUGCUGCUCUCCUGGGCCUCUUGGUGAUCAACGUCUGGCGUUGUGUUAUCCGUAGUAACCAGUGGAGAUCAGAAGAGCGGCUUUUUAGGAGUGCUUUGUCAGUGUGUCCUUUGAAUGCCAAAGUUCAUUAUAAUGUUGGCAAAAACUUGGCUGAUAAAGGCAACCAAACGGCUGCAAUCAACUAUUACAGGGAGGCGGUAAGAUUGAAUCCGAAGUAUGUACACGCUAUGAACAACUUGGGAAAUAUCUUGAAAGAAAGGAAUGAACUUCAGGAAGCUGAAGAGCUUCUGCUGCUUGCUGUACAAAUUCAGCCUGAUUUUGCAGCAGCGUGGAUGAAUCUAGGAAUCGUACAGAAUAGUUUGAGAAGAUAUGAAGAAGCAGAGCAAAGCUAUUGGACUGCAAUUAGGCACAGAAAAAAAUAUCCGGAUUGUUACUAUAAUUUAGGCCGCUUGUAUGCUGAUCUCAACCGCCACAUAGAUGCACUGAACGCCUGGAGAAAUGCCACUGUUCUGAAACCGCAACACAGUUUGGCUUGGAACAACAUGAUUAUAUUGCUUGAUAAUACAGGUAACUUGGCACAAGCAGAAGCUGUUGGAAGAGAGGCUUUGGAGUUAAUACCUAAUGACCACUCGCUCAUGUUUUCAUUGGCAAAUGUAUUGGGAAAAUCACAGAAAUAUAAGGAAUCCGAAGCUUUGUUCCACAAGGCAAUUAAAGCCAAUCCAAGUGCAGCCAGUUACCAUGGUAAUUUGGCUGUGCUGUACCAUCGCUGGGGGAAUCUUGACUUAGCCAAGAAACACUAUGAAGUCUCUCUGAAGCUUGAUCCCACAGCAGCUGGGACCAGGGAAAACUAUAGCCUUUUAAAAAGGAAGCUGGACCAACUGCAAAAAAGGGGCGAUGUCUGAGGUUGCUUCUCAGGCUUUGAAUGCACAGUGCAUACCAUUUAUUAGUAACAUGGCUACUAAUCACCCGGGAGAAGCAUUCAGUCACACUGUCAUUUAAAAACAACAGGGGAAAAAUACCCUUAAUUAUAGCACCAGCAGCAGAUGCUUGAAUAUUUUGUGGAGCCUGGCGUCAGAAGUAAAUGAUUUUUUUUAAGUGACCCUACUUUAGAAGUUUUCAUUCAGAGAAUUAAAGGGUUUUUUUCUCCUCCUUUUACAUUUCUGAAGCAGCUUUAAAAUACUUAGAGUUUUUCCAUUCUGAUACCCAGAGGACUUGCUCUAAUAUGAGACUAAACAAAAAUAAAGAUUGAGGCAUAUUAAAGAUGUUGUGUGGAGUGUGUGAACAUGAGACAGUACAACAAGACUGGAAAUGAAUGGUCAGAGGUGGGGUUUUUCUUGCUUUCAUGUACAUUUAUAAGUGGAAAUUCCAGUGCAGUGUUGUGCCCUGUAAUAGCGGCAUCACUUAGAGCAACAGAUGUUGGAUUGUGUGUUCAUGUAGAGACAAUUUUUGUUUCAAAAACUUUGAGGAUGCCUUCUAAUUUUUUGUUCUGCCUGUUGUCGGCGCACAGCUCAUAUACCUGGAGAAAAUGGAAUACAUCUACAUAUUUUCCAAAUCAAAAGAAAACUUUGAAUUCAAGCUUUUUAUAGGUUGAAAGUCAACCUAUAGCUGUUGCCAUGUGGAUUCAUGGGUUGCAAAAGGCCAUCUUGAUAUCAGUGUACUUUAAACUAAAAUGCUUUGCUAGCUUGGAAGGCUGCCCAGCAUCUUGUAGUACUUGGUCUGGGCAACGGUUAUUACAUUCUUAGGCAAUGUAUUGGUUUGCUCUCGUUUUUAUUUGAUAUUUUGUUGGCAGCUGCUCUCAUUGGGCUAUCAAUAGCUUAGAUCCAUAUGUCAUGUCAGUGGUUCUUCCAACUCAUCUGGGAAUGACAGUGAGAUUGUGAUUGGUUUGUGAACUUAACAUUCAUAAAGAAACAAAAGUCCAGGUAAGAUGCUCAAAAUAAUUCACAUGAAACAUCUCAAGGAUGCAGAUGAGUAGAGGAAAUGUUUCAAUGAAAUAGCCUGCAAAGAAGUGUGUUGCAGUUUUGACUUUGCAUUUGUCACCCUGUUAAAAACCUUGAUAAUAUAAAUAACUACUAUAAACAUGUUUUCCAAAGACCAUUUAGGAAAAGAAGGAAUUCUACUAAAAUCCAUGAAAUCAGGUCAGGAAAAGGUGCACUGCUUUACUUUUUAAAUUCCUCCCUUAAUUUUCUAAUGUUGGACACAAAAUCCCAUGUUGUCCAAUUAUUAUUUUGUCAUAGAAGAAGGCAGAGGUUGCAGGAUUUAAGGUUUGCAGUGGAAUCUGGGAAUAGAAAGAUGUUUCUUUAGCUGCUGCAUCACUCAGCUUUCCUGUUUCAUAAAAUAGCUGAGGAAGGCUGUGAAAUCGUAUCUGGUAUUCAUCUUCCUGCUUCUUGGUAGAGGGUUGGACUUGAUGGCCAACUCUAUGAUACUAUGAUCUCAGGUUUUGCAUAGAGUUAAGUCUAGCCGUCAGUAGAGAUCCAGCCAGCAAGACAGUAUGCAUUGGCUGAAAUGUGCAACUUUAAGAUGUGCAACUGGUUCUAAGAUUAUUUAUAUUUAGGGAUGGACAAAGUACAGCCACAUCCCAAACCACUGCCUAUGCUUGCUAGAUCUGAUGCGAUGCAAUCUUACAAUAUUGAAGGAUUGCAAUUCACUCAUUCUUGUUCUAAGUGCAUCAUUUCUCCAAAUACUUAGCUUCAGUGGUUGCAAGGUGCUGUGUCUUUUUAAAAAUAAAAGUCCAGUGGUGUAUAUAUGAAAUAUUCAAUUUGAGGAAAGUGUAUAAACUGUAUAUUUUUUUUGCAGAGGUUGUGAAAGGUUCUUUAAAAAUGGUUCAUCAUCCCUAACAUAUAUCACUUAACACAUCAUUUUGUCAAAAUAAACUUUCCAUUAUGAAGGA